UGCUCCUCUGCGCCGGUCCACUUGGAGCCGGUUCCUGGGUGCAUGAGGAAGUAGGAGUUUGCUUAUAGAAAAGUGGAAUCCAGUUGUCUGUGUUAGUGGAGUCACUGCUGCAGAGGAACUCUGGGCAAGUUCCUAUCCCUUCAAGACUGCUGGAGGCCAAAUUUGGAAUACAAAUUUAAGGUUCCCUGAGAGCGAAAGAUUAGGAACUGAGCUCCCCCCGGCCCAGUCCGCCGGUGGAGCGGCCAUCACAGAUCCGGGUUAAAACUUCCAGGGACUCUUCGCUGCUCCCACUCGGGGCCUCCUUCAGGGUUGGGAGUCGCAGCAGUUCCAGCUUGAGAGGCUGGAUGUGCGCGCCCGUCGGUUCCCGGGAACUUGGAGGCGGCCACUGAGCUCUGCGCCCGCGGAGGUCGUGUGUUCGCCUCGUGCAGCCUCCUGCGGGAGGGCAGCCGAGGGGCUUCUUCCAUGAUCACCAGUGUCUUAAGGGGGCGUCUGUGGGUGCCCGUGGGCGUCCUGACCUCGCUGGCGUACUUAGUCCACCAGCGGCGGGUAGCCCUGGCCGAGCAGCGGGGGCCGCACGGCCAGCAUCCCGUCGACCGGAGCCUGCUGGAGUUGAAAAUGGUGCAGGUCGUGUUUCGACACGGGGCGCGGAGUCCUCUCAAGCCCCUCCCGCAGGAGGAGCAGCAGGUGGAGUGGAAUCCCCGGCUGUUAGAGGUCCCACCCCAAACUCGGCUUGAGUACACCGUCACUGACCUCACUGGUGGCCCGAAACCACAUUCUCCUUUCGACUCGCAGUACCGUAAGACCGUGCUGAAGGGGGGCAUGUUUGCUGGACAGCUGACUAAUGUGGGCAUGUGGCAGAUGUUUGCCCUGGGAGAGAGGCUGAGGAAGAGCUACGUGGAGGAUGUCCCCUUCCUUUCGCCAACCUUCAACCCACAGGAGGUCUUCGUUCGUUCCACUAACAUAUAUCGAAAUCUGGAGUCUACCCGGUGUUUGCUGGCUGGGCUUUUCCCACAUCCGAAAGAAGGACCCAUCACCAUCCACACUGAUGAUGCGAGCUCUGAAGUCUUAUACCCCAACUUCCAGAACUGCUGCAGCCUGCGGGAAAGAACCAGAGGCCGGAGGCAGGCCGCCUCUUUGCAGCCAGGAAUCUCAGAGGAUUUGAAAAAGGUGAAAGAGGGGAUGGGUAUUGCCAGCAGUGAUGAAGUGGACUUCGUCCUCCUGUUUGACAAUAUGGCUGCUGAACAGGCGCACGGCCUCCUGAGCUGCCCCACGCUGAAGAGAUUCACACAGAUGAUCGAACAGAGAGCUGUGGACACAGUCUUAUACAUGCAAAGUGAAGACAGGGAAUGUCUUCAGAUGGUGGUAGGACCCUUUCUUCACAUCCUGGAGAGCAACCUGCUGAGAGCGGUGGACCCUGCCUCUCCAACUGGCAAGACCAGAAAGCUGUACCUCUAUUCGGCUCAUGAUGUGACCGUCAUGCCUCUCUUAAUGGCCUUGGGGAUAUUUGACCACAAAUGGCCACCGUUUGCUGUUGACGUGACUUUGGAACUCUACCAGCACCAGCAAUCUAAGGAGUGGUUUGUGCAGCUCUAUUACCAUGGGAAGGGCGACUCACAGCUGUGGCCCAGGGAUAAGGCGGCACUUGGCAUAUGGUGGCAAGCUGGGACUCGGACCUUAUCCCAGGCCUGUUCCAGACUCCUUGUAGGAACAGGACCACCCUCCUCUUCUCCUGAGCAUCUGCCAGGAUGUGACAUCUGACCGGGAGGCCUGUUUUUAACAUGAAUGUGGUGUCUUUGGGAGGUGAUGUGUGCUGUCACACUCUUGGUGCCUUGGCUGCUUCAGCAGGUUGCUGUCCAGGGCAGAGGUGAGAGCAGUCCCCAAGGAUUAGACCUUCAGCCCUCCCAGCUCAAUGGCAUAACGUCCCAGUCAGUUCAACAGACAGUUCUUGAGUGACUUUCACAGGCAGGCAUAAUUGCUCUUAUUCUGGAAGCUGACCGAGUAGUGGGGCUCGCUGGCUGUCACAUGUGUGCACAGACCAUCGGGUCCAAGCCUCACAGACCUCUGGGCACAGCUGAAAACGGGGUCCUUAGUAGCCCCGCUGAGUAAUGUCU